ACAAACAGGGCACACCCGCAUCACAGGGAAUGGGCCUUGGUCCCUCCCUGAUUGGGCUGCAGUGGCAGGAGGCCCCUAAGGCAGGGAACAGGCCUGGUCACCCCAGCACUGCUGGCACAGAGGCUCCUGGCAGGAUGGCUGCAGAAAAAAUGUUGGCCGUGCACUUUGACAAGCCGGGAGGACCAGAAAGCCUCUACGUGAAGGAGGUGCCGAAGCCGAGCCCGGGGGAGGGGGAAGUCCUCCUGAAGGUGGCGGCCAGCGCGCUGAACCGGGCGGACUUACUCCAGAGACAAGGCCAGUAUGCCCCGCCCCCAGGAGCCAGCAGCAUAUUGGGACUCGAGGCAUCUGGACACGUGGCAGAGCUGGGGCCUAGCUGCAAGGGGCACUGGAAGAUUGGGGACCCAGCCAUGGCUCUGCUGCCUGGUGGGGGCCAGGCUCAGUAUGUCACUGUCCCCGAAGGGCUGCUCAUGCCUAUCCCAGAGGGACUGUCCCUGACCCAGGCUGCAGCCAUCCCGGAGGCCUGGCUCACUGCCUUCCAGCUGCUGCACUGUGUGGGAGGAGUGUGUGAAGGGGAGACGGUGCUCAUCCACGCCGGCACAGGUGGUGUGGGCACGGCGGCCAUCCAGCUGACCAGGCUGUUCAAAGCCAUCCCCCUGGUGACCACGAGCUCCAAGGAGAACAUCCAGAUGGCCCAGAGCUUGGGUGCUGCAGCUGGGUUUGAUUACAAAAAAGAGGACUUCUCCGAGGAGGCUCUGAAGGCCACACAGGGUGUGGGUGUCAAUGUGAUCCUGGACUGCAUUGGUGGCUCUUACUGGGAGAAGAACCUCCACUGUUUGGCCGCAGAUGGCCGAUGGGUUCUGUAUGGCCUCAUGGGGGGAGCCGAGGUCAAUGGACCACUGCUCUCCAAGCUGUUGUGUAAGCGAGGAAGUCUGCGGGCCAGUCUGCUGAGGUCCAGGGACAAGAAGUAUAAGGAAACAUUGGUGAAGACUUUCACGGAACAAGUCCUGUCCCACUUCUCCCCUGGGAGUGCUGUGCAGCUGCAGCCUGUCGUGGAUAAAGUCUUCACCAUGGCCGAGGUCCAGAAGGCCCACUCUCGCAUGGAAGCCAACCAGAAUGUGGGCAAAAUUAUCCUGGAGAUGCCCUGACUCAAACAUGGUGUGGCUGAUGGGAGACACUGGCCCUAUGGGAAUUGUGGGGGAUAGGGCCAAGGAUAUGGGAGUAUGGGCAGGCCUGGAAUUGGGCUGA